AAUAUUGAUUAAGAGGAUGACCAUACGUUUAUUGAUUAAUGAAUUACACUCGUUCCUUGAUAAGAAAUUAUACGAAACCAGAAAAUAGUAUUCAUUAAAGUUUUUCGAAACCUUUAUAUUCAAGAUAGCUCCUCUCUAUGAAAUAUUUUUUUCUGUUCUUUAAAUAUCAUCAGGAUGCCCAUCAGUUUAUUUAUAUCAAAGAAGCUCGUAUCUUGCCACAAGAAAUCAUACAAAACCAGAAAAUAGUAUUAUUAAUCUUACUUAUUCACCUGAUUUUUUUCCUUUACGUAAUUUAAUUUCCC